AGUUAUCCCAGCAUGCCAGAGGAACAGAUCCCGCUGGAUGAGUAUCAGCGUCCAGCGUCCUCAUCCUCGUCGGCACCAAGAUCUCGUCAGCCGUCCGUGGGUGAGCUGCAAGAAAAUGGACCUCCCGAUGGUGGUGGUGGUGGGCAUUUUGUCGCUAUAAGAAACAUGCUGAAUGCUACACGUAAUCGCCCGGUGGCCCGUAUUGCACCACUGGAACCUUCCUUUGUCCCGGCACCGCAAAGAUACUUCCCGAUCGUAAUUCCUGCCGAACCUACGAUUGAGGAACUGCUGCGACAGGCAGCCGGAACGCAGGACCUUGCGACAGUGCACGAGAUAAAGCUGAAAGUCAUCUCGCACAUGACCAGCUUGCAGCGAAUACCGUGCUUUAUACCACAGCUACGAUCGCUCAUACUCGAGGGAAGCAUUGUGAUGACCUUGCGCGAUCUUGGAUGUGAUAUGACGUUUCUGCGCUACCUGAACGUAUCCCGAUGCAGCCUAAAGCACUUGGACGGAACAACAGGGCUGGAAUCGCUCGAGGAACUCGUUGCGGACUACAAUCUUAUUGAAGAAGUAGGCCCGUGCUCGAAUUUGAUCAAUAUCAAGAAAAUUAGCCUAAAGGGCAAUCGGAUAACAGACUUGGGCAGUGUAACCUUUCUGGCACUGUGCGAAAAGCUCGAGGUGUUGGACCUGAGGGAAAACUUUGUCUCAGAAGAUCCUUCCUUUUGGCACGUGCUUCGGACAAAUAUUCCCCAGCUGCGCUGCCUCAACGAGACACAGUGCCGCGAGGUUACAAGCGAUGAUACGGACCUAUCCAGCUCGGAUUAUCGUUCGUCGAGUUCUGGAAGUAUUGAGGAUGUUCAGCGCGGCCGAUGGGAUGGUAGGGUAGCGUCAAUGAACGAGACAGUAGCAAUGCGUCGUCCAACGACGGCCUCGGUGGAAAGACGUGUCACAGUGGAGUUGCUGGAACAGCAACGCCCAUCUACCGCUGAUCCAGUUAAGAUAAAAGCCCAACUCACGUCCGGCGAACCAGUGGUCGGAAGUGUCAUCACCAAAGCACGCCGUCGGCGCCGCCAGCGAACUGCCUGGGGCGAAUCUACAUCCUGCUCGAGCGUUAGCAGUUCGGAUUCGUCCUUUUCGAAAGAUUUUCCCGAACGUUUGCCCCAGAAAGCGGUCGACCUUGAGCUGGGUGUAAUCGGUGUGGCGGGUCAGGGUGAAUCGUCACGUCACGCCAGUGCAGCACAGCAAAGACCACCGGACUCCACCACCGGAACGGAUGAUGAUCCGCAACACCUGCUGCGUGCUGCACGCUUGUGGCGCCAGCGAUCGUUGCAGACGCGUGAAACUAUUCGCGAGCAGGAACAGAUGCUAAUUUUGCGGCAACUGCACGAUGAGGAGUAG